CGGGAUAUUUCCAAUACCGCAGAGUUAAACUUCUGAAAUAACAGGAUUUGAAAUCAGAUCUAUGGUGUGAAAGUACGCAAUGAAUUAUCUAAGUCUACUCUCGCAACUUCUGCCACUUAUUAGUAUUCUAACAGGUUCUGCCUGGUGUUCCGAGGACGAAACCCGCCUGGUCAAAACCCUCUUCAAAGGCUACAACAAGGUGGUACGGCCCGUCAAUGACUUCAAGGAUCCGGUUGAGGUUACCGUGGGCCUUCAGCUCAUCCAGCUCAUCAAUGUGGAUGAAGUCAAUCAGAUCGUGACCAGCAAUGUGCGGCUGAAACAGACGUGGAAAGAUGUGAACUUGCACUGGAACCCAUCUGAUUAUGGUGGAAUUAGAAAGAUCAGAGUCCCAUCCACUGACAUCUGGCGUCCUGACUUUGUUCUCUAUAACAAUGCUGAUGGUGACUUUGCCAUUGUGCACGAGACCAAGGUGCUACUGGAGUACACGGGCAUGAUCACCUGGACGCCACCCGCCAUCUUUAAGAGCUACUGUGAGAUCAUCGUUCUGCACUUCCCCUUCGACCUGCAGAACUGCAGCAUGAAGCUUGGCACCUGGACCUAUGACGGAAACCUGGUGGUGAUCAAUCCGGACAGUGACCGUCCUGACCUGAGCAACUUCAUGGAGAGUGGCGAGUGGGUAAUGAAGGACUUUCGCAGCUGGAAGCACUGGGUGUUCUACGCUUGCUGCCCGGAAACACCCUACCUGGACAUCACCUACCACUUCCUCAUGCAACGGCUGCCACUGUACUUCAUUGUCAACGUCAUCAUCCCCUGUAUGCUCUUCUCCUUCCUCACUGGCCUGGUCUUCUACCUGCCCACUGACUCAGGUGAAAAGAUGACUCUCAGCAUCUCUGUGCUGCUGUCCCUGACUGUGUUCCUGCUGGUCAUCGUGGAGCUCAUCCCAUCCACCUCCAGCGCUGUGCCGCUCAUCGGGAAGUACAUGCUCUUCACCAUGGUCUUCGUCAUAGCCUCCAUCAUCAUCACAGUCAUUGUCAUCAAUACCCACCACCGCUCCCCCAGCACCCACACCAUGCCACAGUGGGUCCGUAAGGUUUUCAUCGACACCAUUCCCAACAUCAUGUUCUUCUCCACCAUGAAGAGGCCUUCAAAGGAGAAGCAAGCAAAGCUCGUUUUUGGAGCCGACUUCGACAUCUCGGACAUCUCUGGCAAGCCGACUCCAGAAGCUGUCGUCUUCCAGUCCCCCAUAACCAAGAACGCUGACGUCCGCAGAGCCAUCGAGGGGGUCAAUUACAUUGCCGAAACCAUGAAGUCUGAUGAGGAAUCCAAUAACGCAGCUGAGGAGUGGAAGUUUGUUGCCAUGGUACUGGAUCACAUUCUCCUGUGUGUAUUCAUGGCUGUGUGCAUUAUCGGCACUGUGAGUGUAUUUGCUGGUCGCCUCAUUGAGCUCAGUAUCCAAGGAUAGAAGCCCUGAGACCCACAGUUCCCUGGUCAUUACAGUUCAACUGUCCUACAGGAGGUUACAGUUCUACACCCGCACCCACCCAGGUUACAGUUGCACACCCACACUCGCCCAGGGUACAGUUCCUGACUCACUCAUUUUCAGUUAAUUUUCAGUCUUCACAACCAGUUUGCCCUGUAUUUCUUGCACACAAUUUAACUACAACAAAAAAAAAUUAUGGAGAUGAUUGUAUACUUGCCUGAUUGCCUGAUCAUUUAAGAAAUUUUGAAUUUUGAAUACUAGUUUUUAUCACAUUCAGAAAAUCUAAUGAGGAACUUUGAGACACAAAUCCUUGGAAUCUUGAAUGAGAAAUGACCUUAAUUUCACUUGGGUUUCAAUGCAGACAUUCCCAGUGAGGUAGAGUUUUGGAGGUUUGCAGGUUUAGAUUUGCUUGCCUUGUUCUGUUUUGCUCCGGUGUUGUUAUAGCGCCCAGUCUUCUUUGCAUUUAAAACUGGGGAACAAAUCAGCUGGUUACUCUUAAAAUAUUGAGGUAUUCGGACCUUUUUAAAUACUGUAAUUAUA